ACAGAGACAGAGACGUGGUGGUCUGUCUGAGCUUUGAUUUAGGUACCAUUUGCCCAAUUGGGAAAACCCAGAAAGAUGUUAGCCCAAGACAUUACAUUUUGCCUUUUGGUGAUUUUGGCAAUGUGGUAGAUUUGGGUGUGUGGGAACACCCUCAUUUCCAAAGCUGGGUUUUUUUUUCAGGGUUCUUUCAGUGAGAGAGAUCCAGGUGUUUGGUUCUGAUUCAGGAGGCUGAAGAGGGCUUUCAGUUUCAAUAUAAGGAAAGGUAUCUUUUUUAUAAGUGAAGAAAUGGCAUCCGAUCUUAAUGCUGAAUUAGCCAAGAAGACAUUUGUUUUUGGCUUAAAAGUUUGGGUAUUAACUGGGAUCCUUGUGGGAGUCUUUAUUGUGAUGAUUCUGUUGGUGCUAUCAAUUUGUCUUACUUCCCGAAAGAAAUCAAGAAAGUCGAAUGACAUGCUUCCCCUCAAACAAAUUCCAGAAAUUAAAGAAAUCAGGGUUGAUCAAGCUUCAGCAAAUAAACACAUACCCCGUGCUUCUUUCCUCACUAUUAGUGAGAAAUUCAGUGACAGAGAAUCAGAGAAAGUCUUGAUUCAUAAAAAUGGAGAUUGUAGCAGUCGAUCAGGUUCAUUUAACACUAUGGAUAAGGAAAUUGUUGGCUCUCAAUCUGGAGAUGAGGGUGGUGCAGGGUAUACACAGAAGCCAUCUUCAAAUCCAAUUACUGCCCCUUCACCUCUUUGUGGUCUACCUGAAUUCUCUCACCUUGGUUGGGGUCACUGGUUUACAUUAAGGGAUCUUGAAUUUGCAACUAACCGGUUUUCAAAGGAAAAUGUCAUUGGUGAGGGCGGAUAUGGAGUUGUUUAUCGUGGUAAUCUGAUUAAUGGAACUCCUGUGGCUGUGAAGAAGCUACUCAACAACCUAGGACAAGCAGAGAAGGAAUUUAGAGUAGAAGUUGAAGCUAUUGGGCAUGUACGACACAAAAACUUGGUUCGACUUCUGGGAUACUGCAUCGAAGGCACCCAUAGGAUGUUGGUUUAUGAGUAUGUCAACAAUGGAAAUUUGGAGCAAUGGCUUCACGGAGCUAUGCAACAUCAUGGAUAUCUGACAUGGGAGGCGCGCAUGAAAGUUCUCCUUGGCACUGCUAAAGCGCUGGCUUACUUACAUGAGGCCAUUGAGCCAAAAGUAGUGCAUCGAGAUAUCAAAUCGAGUAAUAUCUUGCUUGAUGAUGACUUCAAUGCUAAGAUAUCUGACUUUGGUCUAGCAAAGAUGCUAAUGGCUGGAAAGAGCCAUAUCACGACUAGAGUUAUGGGUACCUUUGGAUAUGUGGCCCCUGAAUAUGCCAAUUCUGGCCUUUUAAACGAGAAGAGUGAUGUUUAUAGCUUCGGGGUUGUGAUUUUGGAAGCAAUUACUGGAAGAGACCCAGUGGAUUAUGGUCGGCAAGCACAAGAGGUAAAUUUGGUAGACUGGCUCAAGAUGAUGGUUGGAAGUCGGCGUUCAGAAGAGGUGGUGGAUCCAAACAUUGAGACCAGGCCAUCAACAAGCGCCCUUAAACGAGCUCUCUUGACUGCGUUGAGGUGUGUAGAUCCUGAUUCUGAUAAAAGACCAAAGAUGGGUCAAGUUGUCCGCAUGCUUGAAUCUGAGGAAUAUCCUGUGCUUAGAGAGGAUCGAAGACGCCGAAAAAGUCAAGCAGGCAAGGAGGGGGAGUCUCAAAAAGAAAAUUCUGAUACAGACAGGAGUGACAAUCCAGAUACAAGGACCGGCAACAGAAGGAACAAUCGAACAUAAACAAGUGGACUGAUAAAUGAUCAGAGGGGAAUACAAGCGAACAUUGAUACAUUCUUGUCAAGCUUUCGUAUUCUUGGACCUGCUUGAGAGAUGAAGGAAAUGAAUCAGACGGAGGAUUUUUUUUUCUUUUUUCUUUUUUAAAUAUAUGAACCUACUUAUAGAUAUUGGAGAUGGUGAUUGUGUAUCGAGUGGUGUUAGCAGGGGACAUCUUGGCUACUCGGGGUGUACAGUUCAGAUUUUUCUUUAUUUUUGCUCAGGUGAUUGUAGUUGAUGAGAUAUUUGUAUGUUUUGCAUGUUGAAGGAAAAGUUUUCAAGAGAAAAUUUACGUAUACUGUUG